AUGAAGUUUCUCUUGUUUUCGCUGGCAUGGACUUUUGGUCUACUAGCUUGUUGCUUCACUUCUGCCUCUACAGUGGAAUACACUUUCAAUGUUCAAAAUAUGAAUAUACAACGUUUGUGCAAUGAGCAUGUCAUAGUUGCAGUUAAUAGGAGUCUCCCUGGACCAACCAUAGAAGUCCGAGAAGGUGACGCUGUGAUUGUCCACGUGUUCAACCAGUCACCCUACAAUAUCACUAUUCAUUGGCACGGAUUGUUUCAGCGUUUUAGUGCCUGGGCAGAUGGUACCGAAUAUAUAACUCAGUGUCCAAUCCUUCCUGGAAAUAGUUAUACCUAUAAAUUCAACGUCACAGGACAAGAGGGAACAUUAUGGUGGCAUGCUCAUGCAUUUGAUUUACAAGCCACUGUUUAUGGUGCUUUCAUCAUUCGUCCUCGGUUGGGUCAAUCUUAUCCAUUUCCUCAACCCUACGAUGAAGUUCCAAUAGUGUUAGGUGACUGGUUUAAUGGUAAUGUUGUGGAUAUUGAUAUCGAAGCACUUCACGUGGGCCAUGGUCCUAACUUGUCCAAUGCUUACACCAUCAAUGGCUUGCCAGGCGAUCUCUACAAUUGUUCACAAAACCAGACAUUCAAGAUCAACGUGACGCAAGGAAAAACCUACUUACUACAAAUGGUGAAUGCUGCAAUAGAUAACCAUCUUUUCUUCAAGUUAGCAAAUCAUACCUUCACAGUUGUUGCUGUUGAUGCUUCAUAUACGGCACCGUAUUUAACCGAAGUGAUCUUCCUUGCCCCUGGUCAAAGUGCUGAUGUCCUUUUCACAGCGAACCAAGUUGUGGGUUCGUACUACAUGGCUGCAUCUCCUUAUAGUAUUGGUGUGCCAAAGCUCGAUAAUACGACAACUCGUGGCAUUGUCGUUUACGAGAAUGCAACAAUAUCGAAGCCUGUGAUGCCAAAACUACCAGCCUUCAACGACACACUAACCGCUUUCACAUUCUGCAGUAACAUCACAAGCCUAGUGGGGGCCCCACAUUGGGUCCCUGUCCCUGAAAAUGUGGAUGAGCACAUGCUAAUCACCGUUGGAUUGGGCUUAGAUGGUUGUCCUAAGAACGUUUCAUGUGAGGGACCAAAUAAAAACAAAUUCUCUGCGAGCAUGAAUAAUCAAUCCUUUGUGUUCCCCAAAGCGAGAGGGUACUCUACGUUGGAAGCAUUCUUUUACAAUUUGAGUGGGGUCUACACUGCGAAUUUCCCUGACUACCCUCCGAAUCUGUUUGACUUCACGAAUUACAGUCUACUUAUUGAUUACAAAGUUAUGUUUGCAAGGAAAUCAACUAUGACGAAGAAACUCAAGUUUAAUUCAACGGUGGAGAUUGUUUUUCAAGAUACGGCACUUAUUCAUGUGAUAAACCAUCCCAUGCAUAUUCACGGUUAUAGUUUCCACGUUUUGGCUCAAGGAUUUGGGAAUUUCAACUAUGCCACUGAUAAAACUAAGUAUAAUUUGAUUAAUCCUCAAUUCCGCAACACAAUUGCUGUGCCUGCUGGAGGAUGGGCCGUCAUUAGAUUUCAAGCAAAUAAUCCAGGGAUAUGGUUUGUGCAUUGCCAUGUUGAUGAGCAUAUGGAAUGGGGACUAGACAUGGCUUUGGAGGUUGAGAAUGGACCAACUCCUUCAACUUCAGUCCCUCCACCACCUCCUGAUCUGCCUAAAUGCAAUCGAAUUGGCAUAGUGCACAAGUCUAUGUUCGAAACCAACAACGCUACCAGUUUUCUUUAA